UAGUGCCGUAGUCACGACGCCAGUCGACAGGAUAGUAUAAGAUGACCCAGAUAGAGGUGCAAGUGGCAAGAGCAAGGAUGCAAUAAGCUAACACAUGCAAUCCUUCCUUGGGUCAGAAGAGCAUCAGUGCUCUUGAAUGCCAGAGAAACUGCUUCAAAAUGUUUCCAGUCCUAAAAUUGCUUCUCUUGCCGCAUCUGGUCCUACUGGCAUCAGCUUCAUGUGCUGAAGCACUGCCGAGCAGAAAUGAGACUGACCAGGAUGCGUUGCUAGCAUUCAGGGCAGGUCUAAGCCCUCAGACAGAUGCACUGGCCUCAUGGGAAAUAAGCACUGACUUCUGCCGGUGGAUUGGUGUCAUCUGCAGCCACAGGCAUAAGCACAGGGUCUCGGUGUUGAAUCUGUCCUCCACGGGACUUGUGGGAAACAUAGCCCCUUCCCUUGGGAAUCUCACGCACCUGAGAAGUCUAGACCUCAGCUACAAUCUACUGCAUGGCGAAAUCCCUCCAGAGAUUGGCCAGUUAUCGCAGAUGUCGUACCUUGACUUGUCAAAUAAUUCGCUCCAAGGUGAAAUCCCUCCGACAAUUGGCCAGCUAACGUGGUUAUCGCAUCUCGAUCUGUCAAACAAUUCACUUCAAGGUGAGAUCACAGUUGGCCUAAGGAACUGCAGUCACCUUGUGAGCAUCAAGCUUGAUUUGAACAACCUCAGUGGCAGAAUCCCCGAUUGGCUUGGAGGUCAGUCGAUGCUUGAGUCCAUGUCGUUAGGGAAGAACAGAUUCAAUGGGAUCAUCCCACCAUCACUUGGCAACCUCUCACAACUGUGGGAAGUUUACCUCAAUGACAACCACCUCGUCGGACCAAUCCCUGAGGACCUUGGCAGGCUGGGUAGCCUUAAGGUGCUAGCUCUUCAAGUAAACCACCUCUCAGGCACCGUCCCAAGAACAGUCUUCAACCUUUCCACACUGAUCCACAUUGGUCUGCAGAUGAAUGAGCUUGAGGGCACACUGCCCUCCGAUUUGGGCAAUGGCCUACCGAAAAUCCAAUACCUUAUUCUCGCCUUGAACAAGUUCAAGGGAAGCAUUCCAGCUUCAAUUGCAAAUGCAAGCACAAUGCAAUCCAUAGACCUGUCCGGUAACAAUUUCACUGGAACCGUGCCUCCAGAGAUUGGGACGCUCUGUCCGAACUUCCUGUUGCUCAAUGGAAACCAGCUGACGGCUAGUAGCAUCCUGGACUGGAAAUUCAUCACGUUCUUGGCAAAUUGUACAAGCCUCCGUGGUGUCGCACUGCAAAACAACUGUUUCGGCGGUGUGUUUCCAAGCUCUAUCAGCAAUCUAUCAGAAAAACUCGUAAUCCUUGAUAUUGGAUUCAACAAAAUAUCUGGUAGGAUACCAGAUGGCAUUGGCAACUUUCCAAAACUAAUUAAGUUGGGGCUGUCUAGCAACCAAUUGACAGGCCUCAUUCCCGACAGCAUAGGAAGGCUGAAAAUGCUCCAGUUCUUGACACUAGAGAACAACCUAUUGUCUGGGAGGAUGCCAUCCUCACUGGGGAACUUGACGCAGUUGCAGCACCUUUCAGUAGAUAACAACAUCUUGGAGGGGCCUAUUCCAGUGAACAUUGGGAACAUGCAACGGCUUGUUAGUGCAACCUUUUCGAACAAUGCGCUUUCAGGCCCAUUACCCGGAGAGAUCUUCAGCCUAUCAUCCUUGUCGUACAUUCUAGAUUUGUCUGGAAAUCAUUUUAGUAGUUCACUUCCAUCUGAAGUUGGAAGUCUGACGAAGCUCACAUACUUGUCCAUCUACGGGAACAACUUAUCUGGAGUGCUGCCAAACGCUCUCAGCAAUUGUCAAAGCUUGAUGGAGCUACGUUUGGAUGACAAUUCUUUCAAUGGUAUCAUUCCUGUGUCCAUAAGUAAAAUGCGUGGCUUGGUACUGCUAAAUUUGACCAAAAACAGCCUCUCAGGCAUGAUUCCCCAAGAGUUAGGACUCAUGAAUGGCCUGAAAGAACUGUACCUUGCGCAAAAUUACUUGACUGCACAGAUCCCUGAGACCAUGGGACGGCUGACGUCACUGUACCGGCUAGACAUAUCCUUCAACCAUCUUGAUGGCCAAGUUCCAGCAAAUGGCGUGUUUACCAAUUUGACAGGGUUCUCUUUUAAUGGGAAUGACAAGCUUUGUGGUGGUGUUGAAGAGCUUCAUUUGACAACAUGCCCAACCGAACCAAUGGACCAUAAUCGAAGGAUACUCCGUGACAUUCGAAAGGCAAUCACUGUUACUGCUAUUAUCAUCUUGGUGUGCUUCAUCUUGGCAAUUUUUUCCUUCGCUUUAAAGAAGGCAUUGAGAUCUCCAUCCACCAAAAUAAUGAUGGUGGAUCCUCCUUUGAUGGAUGACAUGUAUCCUCGAAUUUCUUAUUCUGACUUGUACCGAGCAACAAAUGGCUUCAGUGCCAACAAUUUGAUUGGUACAGGACAGUAUGGAUCUGUUUAUAAGGGGACAAUUCUGCUAAAAGAGUUGGUAACUACAGUAGCUGUGAAGGUUUUUGAUCUUGAACAACCUGGCUCUUCAAAAAGUUUUGUGACUGAGUGUAAGGCGCUUAGCAAAAUUCGCCACCGCAACUUGAUUCGUAUCAUUACUUGCUGCUCUUGCUCUGACUUCAACCAAAAUGACUUCAAAGCUCUAGUAUUCGACUUCAUGCUUUAUGGGAGCCUUGACAUGUGGUUACAUCCAGAGGUCUAUUCAUUACGUCCAGUCAAUGUUCUAACUUUGGUGCAGAGAUUGAACAUUGCUGCUGAUGUUGCGACUGCACUAGACUAUUUGCACAACAACUGCCAGCCGACAGUAAUUCACUGUGACGUCAAGCCCAGAAACAUUCUUCUUGGGGAGGAUAUGGUUGCUCGUGUCGGAGACUUUGGCCUCACGAAGAUUCUCACAGAUCCGGUUGGCGAGCAAUUGAUCAAUUCAAAGAGUUCUGUUGGGAUACUGGGCACAAUUGGAUAUGUUGCUCCAGAAUACGGCGAAGCUGGUCAAAUUUCUCCAUACGGGGAUGUCUAUAGCUUCGGUAUUGUACUCCUUGAGAUGUUUACAGGGAAGGCGCCUACACACGACAUGUUUACUGAGGGAUUGACCUUGCUGAAGUAUGCGAAGAUGGCUUAUCCAGCGCGACUGAUGGAGAUUGUUGACCCCCUUCUGCUAUCCGUUGAGGCUGAACCAGGGCAAGUCCAUAGCGUCAUGAACUCUGUCACAAGGCUUGCACUAUCGUGCAGCCAGAACAGACCAAUUGAGAGGCUGUGCAUGAGAUAUGUUGUAGUUGAGAUUCACACAAUAAAGGCUUGCUAUGCUGCAGGAGGCAAAGUAGUUUAUGAGUGAUGCAACAUGAGUGCCUUUAAUCCCAUGCUAUGCUAUGCUAUGGUAGGAACCGAAGUGAGAAGAAGAUUGAGAAUUAGGGGAAUGAAAAAGGUUUCAAGAAAAGUAGUUGUUCUAAUAAAAAUUGCUUUGCUUGCUCAGCUGAACCUCCUUUAAUCUCAUCAAAAGUUAUCAAGAGCUUAGGCUCCACUUUUGCAAAGACAGCACCUCAGGCGUUGUCUGAUGAGGCUCUAAGCUCAAAGAAGUCUAAGACAGCUAUUGGUGACAAAUGUUCAACUACUGAGGAAGAGAAUGAUCUCCAGCAUAAAUCAGGUUCUAAGGCCGAGAAGAAUAAGAAGAAACUUCCCAAUAAUAAGUCAUCCAAAAGUCGAGCAAGAGGCUCUCGUGUUCCUGCAUAUUGUGUAUGUGGGUAUUGCUUGUAUCUUUUUUUAGUGUUUAUGGACCAACAAAAUAGCAGAACUUGUUGAGAUUGGUGUGUUCUAUGCUGGAAUGUUAGGGGCAUAAAUUCAGGUACUAGAUGGACGGCUUUGAGAAGUAAAAUUGCAGAGGCUCAGUGUGACAUUGUUUUCUUGCAAGAAACAAAAAGAGAGCAA